UUGACUGAAAUCCCGACUCCUCCAAAUCCCUCCGGAAAACACCUCGCCCCUGUGUCCUCUAGGUCUCGGCGUCGGCGGCGAGGAGACGGCCGCCGCCGCAACCCGGGUCACAAUCCCCAAAUCGACAUGAGUGACGAGGUAGCCGGAAUGCCCCGCUGCCGCAGCCCGCGCCUCCACCUGCGAAUCCCCGCGAGCGAGGAUGGCGUCGGAACGACCCGCCGCGUCCGUCGCCGCCGCGGCAAAUCGCCGGAGGCGCUUGAAUCCCUGCCGUUCAACGAGGACAUGCUCCGGGAGAUCCUCCUCCGCCUCCCGCCGCAACCAUCCUCCCUCCUGCGCGCCUCGGCGGUCUGCAAGAACUGGCGAGGCCUCGUCACCGACCCCCGGUUCCUCCGCCGCUUCCGCGCCCACCAAGGGAAGACGCCCCUCCUCGGCGUCUUCGAGCCCCACAUCUGGGGCAUCAAGUUCAGAUCCACCUUAGGCCCUCCAGACCGCAUUCCUCAGGAGCGCUUCGACCUGCAACGUCAAAUUGGCCACCGCGGGAGGAUCAACUUGCGCGGAUGCCGCCACGGUCGCGUCCUCCUCUUGGACGUGAAUCCGAAUAAGAUCAUUGUGUGCGACCCCAUCACCGGCGAGCACCACCGUGUUGCCGCUCCACCAGCGUUCCGAGAGCUACACAGCUAUGGGGUCUAUGGGGAUGUGCUCUGCGCUGCCGCGGACGACGGCCACGUGCACGGCAGCUGCCACUCGAGCCCCUUCAAGGUGGUCUUGAUGUGCCUGGAAGGAGGCAAAGGUCUCAAACCAAUCGCUUGUGUAUACUGCUCGGAGACUGGCGUUUGGGGCAAUGUCAUCACAACAACGGAUCAAUGUGAGCUUGUUAAUUGUAAUCCUGGAAUCCUUGUUGGUAAUGUCCUUUACUGGUCAUCUAAGAGUGUGACUCCCAACAGAACUUUUCUAGAUUUGUAUGAUCUCACGGACGACAUUGUUGAGUUUGAUUUGGAUAGGCAGAGCCUAGGUGUGAUCAAGGGGCCUCCAUGUCUUAAUAUCAGCUUCAAACAUCAGAUAAUCAGGGUAGAGGACGAUGCUCUCGGUCUCGCUAUAUUCACCUGCGAUGAACUCCAAGUGUGGAAGAGGAUGGUCUCUUGUCAUGGUGGUACUACAUGGUUGCUGCACAACGCCUUCGAAGUGCAUACCCUUCUUGGCCUCCCUCCUCAGAUUGAGGGAUCGAUGAGAAAGAUGGAAAUACUGGGGUAUGAUGAGGAUAACCGUGCAAUCAUUGUAUUUGUAGAUGGCAAUGUCUACAUGGUUCAACCUAUGUCCAUGCAGUUCAGAAAACUUUAUGAAAGCGGUUAUCCUAUCAAGUGUUGCCCUUUUGCAAGUUUCUAUACACCAGACCUAGCCAUUCCUGGUGGAUGUAAUGGAGUUGAAAUAUUGCACGAUGCAUAGAAUGAUUUCCGGUCUCAUGUGCUGAGGUUCUAGAAUUGUUCAACAGGUGAAGUACUGGAUGCUGCUGCAGUACCAACGAUUUUGUCGCAUUGCAUCAGUGCAGUCGGCAGUCUGUAUAUGUGCUCUUUCCAAAAGAACAUGUCCAACGUGUGCCGUAGUCUAUCUAGGUUCCUAAUGUAACAAGAUGCUAUAUUGGUACCUAAUGAAGGGAAGUUCAGCUUUCCCAACCUAUAAUUCUACUAA